GGUGUCGUCAGUACGGAGCGCUCGGACGAACUUGCGAGACGUGGGCGGUUUGACGCUACCACCACCGCCAGUGUUUGAGGUCGCGACGCUGCCGACCACCUGCUAGUCACUUCAACUUCAACACUCCAGCGUGCUACAUCGUCAGCUGUCAAACUUGUGUUGAUGUUUCCACUGGUCCACUUCACGCACUUGAUACAAAUUAUAUGCAGUUGAGUUACGGAGACAUUAGGAUGUGUCCAAGAACAAUUAUUUAAAUUACAUGCGUCAGCACAAUUAAUUGUAGCAUAACACGCAUUUUAAGUGCGUAAGUGAAGACUUCACACGAUAAACUAUUAUACACAGAGACAACGUAUUUUAAAUAAUGAAAUCACAAAUUAAAAUUACUGAUUUAUAAAAUAUUCCUGUACGUGAAGAAAAAUUUACUGAGGAGCGGUGUUCUAAAAUUUGUUCGUCUUGUCAUUUGUGUAUUAAAAGUAACAAAUGCUCACUUAAAAACUAAAUAUCAUAUACGUGAGAAUAAAUUCAGUGUCGGUACGAAUUUCAUGUUGGACAAUUUACGUGUUAAAAACAUUUCAACAAGAUAAUGUUCAUCUAUUAUGAAGUGUUAUGUGGUGUAUAGAUAUUUAUUGUCACAUUCAAGACUGGAAGUGUUUUGAAGUAAAUGAAAAUUUCGUUCUUUACGACUAUAAAAUAAUGGAAAAAUAGAUAUUUUGCAGACAAUAUUCCACCUUCAUAAAAUCAUGUCAAGUUGCUACAUCAACUACAACAGCAAAUCGUUGGCAAUCUUCAUGAUCCUCGCAUUCUUCUGUCAUUCUACUGUACGAGGUCUCUACUCGCCAAUGCCCGCUGUCGAAGUAGCAGUACCAGUGGACAUCCCGAUCUCUGAGCCGCUAGCAGUGGUACGAGCACUGUCCCUAGGGGCACGUUCGCCGUCCUACACCCUGGCAACGAAGGGGGCAGAGCACAUAUUCAGCUUGAACAAAGCUACGGGAGCGCUACACCUGCAUAAUAAGAUCAGACUGCGCACUGCACAAUACACAGGUCGCAAGUUAUCGCUGGAAGUCAGGGCGCUAGACACGGCAGAUGCCUUGCCUCUUAUGGUCAUCGAUGUCACGCUUGUUGAGUCGUCGAAGUGCGAGCAGCUGAGUGCUCAGGACCUGUGUUUCUGGAGAGCUAUGAGGUACCAGGUGUACGAGAACCAAGGAUCCACUGUACUGGGUCCUCUUGGACCUCCUUUCAUGCCCAAGAUAUGCCCACACUACUCCUUCGCCUACAAUCUUACUAACGGGACGGAGUACGCAAGUCUUGCCAGCGAUGGCGUGUCCCUACAAAGCCGAGAACUCCUGGACAGGGACACCGGGCCGGAUGGAAACGGAGCGUCAGGUCCCGGACCAGAACUGCGUGUCCACGUGACUUGCACCGUCAACAGGGGGCGUUCGAUCAGCGAAGUGGGGAUGACCGUCCGAAUAAAGGUCUUGGACGAAGACGACAAUCCGCCUAUAGCUCAGAUGAACAAACACGUCCUGAACGGGUCCCUCCUGAAGGAGGGUAUUGAGUUGGACGCGCAGAAUCUACUGCUGACUGACAGAGAUACAGCGGAAGUCAACAACUACCACAUCACAUUGCUUAACGACAAACACGGACUCUUCAGCUCUGAGUGUAACAAGUGGUCAGUUGGCGGAAUGGAGCCUCAUACAGUUAUUCACUGCAAGGUGCGUGCCAACAGAACCACGCCGCUGCCCUGGUCGUCCUACCACAUGGUUCUGAGGAUCAACGACACAUCUCUACGGCCAGGACACGGGACCAGCCACGUGGAUCUGUACCUGAACAUUACCAGCAACGAGAGUCAGAUAGCGUCCCUGAGCCAGAAGGCUUCGUGGACCCGAGACACGGCAAUGCAGUACCCGAGGCACGUGUCAAUCUUCCGAGGGGCAUCUCCCUACGCGCGCCUUGCGCAACCCGACGCCAUGCAUGAUCUAGUCCUUUCGCGUCCUGCACCUAGUUACAGCAUCGAGACCCCUACAGAAGCCUUCAAUGUGACCAAAUUCGGAGGAAUUGUCUACGUAUCUAACGCCAACGCCUUGCUUGAAGCCCCAAGUACCCUCAACCUUACGAUCACUGUGACGUUCCCCGAUAACAUGUCCGACAAAGUGUUGAUGAAGGUGGAUAUAACCAGUGAGGGCGAGACCGGAGCCUGCAACGACACGACGUUUUGGCAAAACAAGACAGAUGACGACUGGAUCCUGUGUUCAGAAAAAGACAAGUCGAAAACUUGUGAAGAUCUCUGCGGCAUUGGGACUGGUAGGGGCAUCGCCGUUACUGAGGGCGAAAGACCUCAAGAAGGAAGCAGAGGCUGUGUGUGGAGAACGGGUGUAACAAAUUUACAUCACGAUCACUUGAACAAGGACUAUGCUACAUGCACUGCAGACAACAAUACGUGUCCAGAUUUCUUGUGCGACCCUCUAGAGGAACUUCACUAUCACAUCUGUCCACAGGACUGCACUGACAUGGUGACUGGAGCUGCUCUGUCGAACAACGGGGCAAACGACAACCGCGGUAUAGCCAGCGCGGGUACGAAGUCUGUCUGUACCUGUGACCCCCAUAACAAGUGCGCUUGUGCCCCUCUUGUUUCCGGAGGCAAAAAUAAGAGGAGACGCCUCAACCCACCGACCACACUGCCGGCAUACAGCAACACCACCACGGACACCUUAUUCGCCCCGCCCACGAGAGAUCCCUACGUGAGCACAGAGAAAGAUGCUCUUCCCAAGUAUCGGAAAAAGAACACGACUCGCGAAUCGAUCCUCAGACAAUUUUCAGAUGCAAGUACACAGACACAUGAUACAGUGGCUUUUGAAAGAAAUCGCAAGGACAAACCCCAGGCUCCAAUUUCAACCACAAACGAGGGGUCGUGUGGGGCAGCGUGUCUCAUUGGAGUCUUCAUCUGCUGGAAAUACAGAAUGUCUGGGAAAGGAAGACGGGAUCGGAAAUGUGUGGGUAGCGUCGCGUCUCUUUCCGGCGUCCAGUCAGACUACGUGGACCGGUCUCUUCAAUCUGGCGACGCUCAACUCCUCAGCUACGACCCAACAGCUCCUAUUCCUUCCCCUGACCCACGAACAGCGCCUGACCCGAAAUGGGAGUUCCCCAGAAGUCGACUGAUCAUCGAACAGACGUUGGGCGAAGGAGAGUUCGGUCGAGUUUUGCGCGCACGCGCUUUGGAUAUCGGUGGAAUAUCUGGAUGCACAACUGUGGCCGUGAAGACACUCAAAGAAGACGCCAGUGCAUCAGAAUUGGCGGAUCUGUUGUCAGAGUAUCAGCUCCUCAAAGAAGUCACUCACCCGAAUGUUAUUCGACUCCUUGGCGCCUGUACAACGCCUGGCUCUCCUGUUUACCUCAUCAUAGAGUUCGCUGAAUACGGCUCGCUCAGGAACUACCUGAGGAAAAGCAGGCAUCUUGAAUCAGAUGGGCAGAUUCCGUGCUCCUUCAGCUUCAGUAAUACAGCGCAGUCUGACUCGACAGAGGAGACGGAAUACACAACCACUCCUGCCACUCCGAGGGACAUCCUUUCAUUUGCCUGGCAGAUCAGCAAAGGAAUGGCUUACCUAAGUGACAUUAAGCUUGUUCACCGGGAUUUGGCAGCAAGAAACGUUUUACUGGCUGCAGGAAGGAUCUGCAAGAUCUCAGACUUUGGCCUGACAAGAGACGUGUAUGAGGACGACGCGUACCUCAAGAGAAGCAAAGGACGUGUCCCAGUCAAAUGGAUGGCAUUAGAAUCACUGGCAGACCACAUGUACACUAGCAAGUCAGAUGUGUGGAGCUUUGGUGUACUAAUGUGGGAGUUGGUAACCCUGGGAGCAUCACCAUACCCUGGUGUUGCAGUCCACAAUCUCUUCCAUCUCCUGAAGGCUGGUUACCGGAUGGACAGGCCUGAAAACUGCUCCAUCCAGUUGUACAGAGUGAUGAGAAGCUGUUGGAAUGAAGAUGCAAGCGAGCGACCAUCUUUCAAGGACCUCACGGCUACAUUUGAACGCAUGCUGGAAGACGGGGUAGAAUACUUGGAUCUGAACCCACGUAUUGUUCACAACAGAACAUACUUUACCAACCCAAGGGACAUACUGGAUAAUAAUGAUGAAAAUAUCGGCUAUGGUAACCUUAACAUCCUGCAGACUGAUUCUGUAAACUACCUGACACAACCUCAACAUGACGAGUUCCAUAAAGGCAGUUGCAAGGAUCAGCAAGGGGGUGAGAGAUUUGACCAAGUUGAGUCAACCAGUGAAGACUCACGGCUCCAGAGAGCGACUCCAGAGGAUGAACAGCAUUUAUUAGAAAGCCAUGGAAAGGAAACGACAUUAAUCACUGCAGGAACGACACAUUCAAUCGAAAACCAAAAACAUUUAUACCAGAAUGAAAUGUCUAAACAUAACGAAUCACCAAGACCAAGUAACGCAUACCUGACACCCAUCCGACAACCAAACGUCUCAAACGAACCUCUGAAUGAUACCAAAACUUUAUCAGUGCGUCCACAAUCUUAUUUGAAUAUGGAUGGAAAUGUGAGCCUUACAAACACAGAACCUGAUAGCCAGCAACAACAGGAUCUGUUGUUUUUCGUGGGUGACAAAAUGUCAAAUUCCUGUCCUAAUACUUCCAAAGUGACAUACUUUUAAGUUAUGAGACUGCCAACACUGACUUCCAGCUUAUAUAAAUCUCCCUAAUUCUGAAUAUAUUCGUAUGUGGUUUCACUGUGAAAAAUACACAUUCUAUUUCAUAAUUGUAAGAACUUAAUGUUAAAGAAACAGAGUAUGUCAUUACAUGUAUGGAUUAUGCAGUAUGAUCCUUAAUUAAAUUGAUUAAUUUUGGGGGACACUUCAGAAAACAAGGUGCCAGUUCAAAGCUAUGAUGAUGCAGACCACUACAUAGCGAAUGCAUCAAUCAUAACCACCAAUCUGUUACAUGGUAAUUUAUUUUUUCAUUCAGGAUGAGCUCUGAAGGAUGUACGAUAUACAUGGUAUUACAAGGUCCUUUGGUUCUUGUUACCACAUUUUGAAUUCAUCCCACCAAACUCAUCCUGAGAAAAUAUGACAACUGUAAAUUACCACAGUUCCAAAACAAUAAUCUGAACAGAUAUUUCGAAGAUUAGUUCCCCUAGUACUUUAAAUACUAUUCUGUUAAGAAUCAUCCUGUAUAUACAUGGCAACAGUACCAUUUUAGAGGUAACAUUUUUCAAUUUAACUGAAUUGACUACGUAAUUUUUGCAGUUAGUACGAUUCUCAGCGUAAACAGCAAUUAUUUCCUUAAACAGCAUUAGCUGGUUGGUCUUUAAAAUGGUGAACUGUUGAGUUACCUUUGUGGUACGAACUUGAUUAUUAAAUAUUAUUUAGAUAGCUUCAGCUUCAAAGGGUUAAAUACCUAAUUAAAAAGUUAAAUAAAUUUAAUAACAUGAAAAUGUUGCUGUCAUUUUUUAUAAAUAUAUUUUUAAAACUAAGCGCUGAACGUCUCUGAAUGUGAAGAUAUUGUCCACAUCCAUCUUUCAUUACAUUUCAUGCUGUAGCAGACCCUGCAACUCAGCAUUAUGGACACAACAAUUCAGUAAAAUGUUCAGAUUCCUGUAACUUUUUUUAUUUCACACAAAGAAGAAUGUAAGAAAUUAAUGUUUGAAGACAAACUGAAUUUCUGAGAUAGCAUAAUUCCAUGUGUACAUGAAUAAAAUGCUGCAUUUUCAUUCUGUUGCUGAUAAUGAAGUACAUAUUAGUAGGUUCUUACAAAACUGACAUAUUUCUACACUAAGAGCAAACGUGAUGAAAUAACUAUUCACUGCUAAACCACAAAAUCUAUUUCAUAUAACUGAAAGCCACACAGAGAUGAGACAGCACUAAAAAUGUGAAAAUUAUAAUUUAGUAAAUAAUUAAUUAACAUUUAUUCCCACUUUCAUGCUGAAUCUCCUAGAUUUAAAUUAAAAUUAUGAACUUAAUUCAAUUUUUAAACUUUCAUUUGGAUGCAAAAAUACCUGGUAUAUUAUUUCAAAUAAAAGACUGGAAAUGUUUUCAAUUAUGGUUCUAUUUAUUAGAAUGAGAACAUUAUACACGUCUAGUGCACAGAAGAAUAAUUUAGUGUUCUGCCUCAAGAAACUCUUCACUGCUAAGAACAGUGCAUCCCACUGUGACCUGCUAUCAGAUGUGACGUGGCAUAAAGUUAUUUUAAGUCACAACUGUGUUUAACGUUUCAAGAGACUGAAGUUCCGUGUGUCUACAACUAGUCAACAUCCCUCCAAAGCCAGAAACAAUCACCUGAUCAAAACUGACUUCUAGUUUUGCUUGCUGGAUUACAAAAGGUACAGAUUUGUUUUCUGCUGUUGUAAACAUAAACAUAAACAAUUAAGUAACUGCCAGGGGUUGUAAACAAUACGCAUUUGUGUGUGCGCGUGCGUGUGUGUGUGUGUAUAUAUAUUUUCUUCAGAAUGACAUGGAGAUAUGACAAGUGUCAUGUAAAACAAGUGCACACAUUCCUAUUGUGCUUCAUUAAUAAUUUGGUAUUAAAUAGGGGAUAAUUUCAGAAAGAGGCUUCCUUCCCACUUCAGACUUGAGACAACACUGCAAAAA